AUGCCCGGAGAGCUCAAACCCAAAAACAUAUUCCUCUUAGCAGGACAAAGCAACAUGACUGAAAGUGGAGGCGUUUACAAUGACACCAAAACCAACUUGCUCAAUUGGGAUGGAAAGAUUCCUCCACAAUGCACUCCCACUCCCAACAUCCUCACCCUAUCUAUAAACAAGACUUGGGAAAUACCUCAUGAUCCACUUCAUAAGGAAAUUCAUAAUUUGAAGACCUGCGGGGUGGGACUAGGCAUGCCCUUUUCCAAACAAAUAUUGGCAAAAUAUCCAAACUAUGGAGUGAUUGGUUUGGUCCCUUGUGCAAUAGAAGGAACAAAGAUAGAAAUGUGGCAAAAGGGUACUAAUUUAUACAAUCAAUUGGUGGAUAGAGCAAGAGCUGCAAGGCAAAGUUCUGGUGGUAAUAUUCGUGCACUACUUUGGUAUCAAGGAAAGAGUGAUUGUGGUGAGCAGGACUCUAGGCUCUAUACGAGAAGGUUGGAGAAGUUUUUCAAAAAUGUUCGACACGAUCUAGACUCCCCUGAUCUCCCCAUUCUUAUGGUUAUAGUUUCUACUGGACCAAGAAAGUCCCUAAGAUUUAGAAGAUAUGCUCAGCUGAAUAUAAACCUGAAAAACGUCAUGCGCAUUGAAUCUGUGGGAUCAACCUUUUUAGCAGAUCACCUGCUUUUGGAUACAAAUUCUGCUGUUGGCAUUGGUCAGAAAGUAGCUAAUAAUUUUCUGUACAGUUUUUAUCACUGGAAGUAA